UCAAUCUUCAGAACAGGCUCCUAGGAUCCCAAAUCCAUCUUUUAAAAAAACUAUCCAAUUGUAGGUAUACAAAUGUUUUGUCUGUAUGUACAAACGCACACCAUAUACAUGCCUACUGCCAGCCAAGGUCAGGGGUUGAAUCCCCUGGGACUGGAGUUACAGACCAUUUGUAAGCUACCAUGUGGAUGCUGGGAAUUGAGUUCAGGUCCUCUUCGAGAACAACUAUUCUUAACCACUGAACCAACUCUUCAGCCCCACCAAAAUCCAUCUUUAUAAACCAUGGUCUGUGUAUUUAUUCUCUUGUCUUGUUUUGCAUGUGAUGAUUGGCAGAGUCCAGAAAGACUGGCAGGUGGCUCAACAAAUAGGAGAGCCUCCUGACAGAUUCCAAGGCAAGGCAGUUGGCAGAGUAGCAGUUGGUAGGCAGGGAGAGGUUCCUAAUACAGGAAUGCGCUUCUGCAAGAGGCUAAGGGAUUCAGCUGUCACCCCAGGAGCAGCACACUCUACCGCCAACUGGUUGGGUUAGCAGGGACUGUAAAGUAUCUGGCCUUUUCCUGAAAGAUAGGAGAACAUGAUGGUGGCAUUGACAAUUGCAGUAAUCCCUGUGCUGCACACAGCGGCAGGGGACCAAUCUGGCUAUUACAUUGGGCGGACACUAUGGUUUGGCCUCAUCUGCCUAUACAGCCUAGUGAUAUAUGUAGUUCAGGUGCCCUGGCACAAAAUCCGUGAAGAGUUCAACUGCCUUGGAAAUAGCACCUACCCUUGUCUGGUGGAGUGUUAUGAACAACUGUUUAGCAUUCCUAUCACAGGAAUGUGGUACUACUUCUACUUCAUAUUCAUAGCCCUCUUCUUCCUCAUGGAAUUCUUCAUAGCUCAGAUUCGGCAUAAGCACAUCAAGAUAAAGAUGAAGUCCAUGCCGCAGCAAUCAGAGAACAUAGCGGAAAUGGAGAAGGGCUCCAUGGAGGCAAACAGGAAGCAGAGCUCCUCCCAGGUACUCUUCCUGAACUUCCACCAGGAGAAGAAGCUCUUAUAUCUGUAUCUGUUCCACUCCCUCCUACAGGUCAGCAUCCAGACUGUGUUUUUAUGCCUGCUCAAAAACAAACACCUGCCCAUAGUGAGUCAAGGCAAGACCCACUGCAGCAAAAACAGCUGCGCUACCCUUCACUGCCUGAUCAGAAAAACCGCUGAGAAGAGGGUGACCAUCUAUGGCCUCAUCACCUUGUCCAUCAUUAUCAUCUUCCUCGGGGCAGGCUACUUCCUCUACAGCAUCCAUCAUUACCUACUGCAAGUUCAGUCAGCUUCCAAGAUUCAAAUUUACUGACGUUUCUAAGAGAUAGCACACUUCCUAAAGUCCUUUCUCCUUCACACAAGGAACUUUAUGUUCUAAAUUUUGUUGUUUCAGGAAGAGCCUCUUUCUUCUGACCUUCUUUGGGUUUUGAUUUUAAGAAAUAAAAUUUGUCAAGCAUGGUGA